AUGCUUUCUAAGAACCUGGCGACGUGGGUGUCACUACUCGCGUGUCUUCCCGCAACGAUCGGCUUACCGAACAAUAAUGACCGGAUUGCGAGGAGCUUGAAGAGACACGGCGGUCAUGGGCACAAACAAGUUGACACUAAUUCGUCGCAUGUCUACAAGACUAAAUUCCCUGGUGUGACCUGGGAUGAUGAUCAUUGGCUUCUCUCGACUACAACCCUGGAUCAGGGCCACUUCCAAUCACGCGGUUCCAUUGCCAAUGGUUACCUCGGUAUCAACGUUGCGAGUGUCGGCCCAUUCUUCGAAUUGGACGUUCCAGUUGGCGGCGACGUGAUUAACGGCUGGCCUCUGUAUUCCAGAAGACAGACUUUUGCGACUAUUGCUGGGUUUUUCGACUAUCAGCCAACCACAAAUGGCUCUAACUUUCCUUGGCUCAACCAGUACGGGGGUGAGAGCGUGAUUAGCGGUGUCCCGCACUGGAGUGGUCUGAUUCUCGACCUCGGGAACGGCACCUAUCUCGAUGCUACCGUGGACAACAAGACCAUCACUGAUUUCCAAUCCACGUACGAUUUCAAGUCUGGGGUGUUGUCUUGGUCGUACACAUGGACUCCUAGAUGUAACAAGGGUUCCUUCAACAUCACAUACCGGCUGUUUGCUCAUAAGCUGCAUGUCAACCAAGCCGUGGUGGAUAUGGAGAUUACCCCUUCCCAGGGGUCUCAGGCGUCAGUGGUCAAUGUCAUUGAUGGUUACUCGGCUGUCCGUACCGAUUUCGUGGAAUCCGGCCAAGACAGUGGAGCUAUCUUCUCGGCUGUGCGGCCCUGGGGUAUCUCAAAUGUCACGGCCUAUGUCUACACGAAUUUGACUGCCUCCGCUGGCGUGGAUCUGUCUUCCCAAGCCCUUGUCAAAGACAAGCCCUAUGUCCACAGCAAUGAAUCAUCCAUUGCGCAGGCUGUCAAUGUCAAGUUCUCUGCAAAUGAGACAAUCCGGAUCACCAAGUUCGUUGGCGCUGCGUCGUCGGACGCAUUUUCUAACCCCCAACAGACGGCAAAGCAAGCGGUGUCUGCGGCAAUGGGAGCCGGCUACAUGGAAUCGCUGCAGUCGCACGUGGCAGAGUGGGCUAGCAUUCUCCUGGACGGUUCGGUAGACAGCUUUGUUGACCCUGCCACCGGAAAAUUGCCGGAUGAUGAGCACAUCCUCAACUCCCAGAUUAUCGCGGUCGCAAACACGUACUACCUUCUGCAAAACACCGUGGGCAAGAAUGCCAUCAAGGCUGUUUCCGGAGCUCCAGUCAAUGUCAACAGCAUCUCCGUCGGUGGUUUGACCUCUGAUUCGUAUGCGGGUCUGGUUUUCUGGGAUGCCGACGUCUGGAUGCAGCCAGGUCUGGUGGCAUCUCACCCCGAGGCUGCGCAGAGAGUGACCAAUUACCGAACCAAGCUGUACCCACAGGCACUUGAGAAUAUCAACACUGCUUUUACAAGCUCAAAGAACCAGACCUCCUUCUCUCCUUCGGCAGCCAUCUAUCCUUGGACUAGUGGUCGCUUUGGUAACUGUACUGGUACUGGUCCUUGCUGGGACUACCAGUAUCACUUGGACGGUGAUAUUGGGCUAUCUCUGAUGUAUCAAUGGAUUGCCAGCGGCGACACAAAGACUUUCCGCGAGCAGCAUUUUCCCAUUUACGACUCCAUUGCCACCAUGUAUUCGAACAUCGUUCAGCGCAAUGGUUCGUCCUGGACGCUGACCAAUAUGACUGAUCCGGAUGAAUAUGCCAACCACGUUGAUGGCGGUGGCUUCACGCUGCCGCUUAUCUCCGAGACACUCAACUACGCCAAUUCCUUCCGGAAGCAGUUCGGUCUCGAACAGAAUGAGACCUGGACGGAAAUCUCAGAAAAUGUCCUCGUCAUCAGGGAGAACGGCGUGACGAUGGAGUAUACCACCAUGAACGGUACCACUGUGGUAAAGCAGGCUGACGUAGUGCUUGUCACGUAUCCUUUGGUCUACGACAACAACUAUACAGCCCAGGACUCGUUGAAUGACCUCGAUUAUUAUGCCAACAAACAGUCUCCGGACGGACCCGCUAUGACGUGGGCUAUCUUUUCAAUUACUGCAAAUGAUGUCUCACCAUCCGGCUGCUCUGCCUAUACCUACCAUCAGCUCUCUUACGACCCGUACAUGAGAGCUCCAUUUUACCAACUUUCCGAACAAAUGAUCGAUGAGGCCAGUAUCAACGGUGGCACUCACCCAGCUUAUCCCUUUUUGACAGGACAUGGUGGUGCUAACCAGGUUGUCCUCUUCGGAUACCUGGGACUGAGACUGCUUCCCGAUGAUGCCAUUCAUAUCGACCCCAACCUGCCCCCUCAGGUUUCCAACGUGGCGUACCGCACGUUCUAUUGGCGUGGAUGGCCCAUUUCCGCGAGCUCCAACCGCACCCAUACGACUAUCAGCCGAGCCGCAAACGUUGCGCCUCUCGACACGGCAGACUCUCGCUUUGCCAACGCCACCAUUCCUGUCUUGGUUGGCGACCCCAGCAACUCAACUGCCUACCAGCUUCCAGCCACCGGCCCCCUGGUUGUUCCCAACAGACAGAUCGGAUUCAACAAUACUACCCCUGGAAACAUGGUGCAAUGUCGCCCUGUGUACUCGCCUAAUGACUAUGUUCCCGGCCAGUUCCCCAUCGCAGCCGUGGAUGGUGCAACCUCUACCAAGUGGCAGCCUACCACCGCCAACAUGAGCUCGUUGACCGUGACCCUGGCCGACAUCGAGAUCAACUCCAAGGUCUCUGGCUUCCACUUUAACUGGUGGCAAGCCCCACCCGUCAAUGCCACUGUCAUCUUCCACGAUGAGAUGCUUGAGGACCCCGUGGCCGCGAUGUCUUCCGCUCACGGUAACUCCCAAUAUAAAGUCGUCACCACAUUGACGAACAUCGCGCAAUCUCAGCCCUACAACGCCCAGAGCACCCAGAACAACGAAGUUAUCAUGUCUACUGGUAAUACUACCGAAGUGAAUCUGUCGCAGACUGUACAAUCGUCUCGCUACGCCACUCUGCUGAUUUCGGGUAAUCAGGCAGGCGGCGAGAAAGGUGCUACUGUUGCUGAGUGGGCUAUCCUGGGUGAGAGUAAGGGGUCGUCUAGUAGUCACGGCAACAACAAGAGAAGGCUGGACGUCAGGGCUGCCGCUGCGCUGUCUGGUGGCUUGAAUGACCGUCGGUGGCGGCAGUUCAAUGCUUGA